GUGUUGAGGUGGAAUCAGGAAAGAGCUGGACAACUGACACAAACUCUCAGUGCACCUGCACCAACGGACAGGUCCACUGCACCUCAACACAAGAGUGUGUGUAUGAUGGUAAAACCUACAGGACCGAAGAGGAGUAUAAACCUGACAGCUGUUCCUCAUGUGUGUGUAAGAAUGGUCAAAUGAACUGCGUUAGGGUGAGCUGCUCCACACUCCCCUGUCGAGAUCAGGCUCUACUAGAGGGGGAGUGCUGUCCUGUCUGCCGCUCAGGUUGUGAAUAUGAAGAAGCAUGGUAUGAGAACGGAGAUGUGUUUGUGUCUCGGGCCAAUCCCUGUGUGAACUGCUCCUGCACUAAUAAUCGUGUGAAGUGUGUUUCCAUUCAAUGUCCCCGUCCUCGCUGUUCAAACCCUUUCCAAGCCCCAGGAGAGUGUUGUCCUACCUGUACAGCCUGUGACCUGGAUGGUCGACCCCAUAAUAACACCAUAAUCAGCACACUUGAUGGAUGCCAGACCUGCACUUGUCAGAGUGGGAUCGUGUCCUGUGACGUGAUCCAGCGCUGCACCCAGCGGUGUAUGAACGAGCGUCUGUGCUGCCGCCAUGUGCCUGGACUGGUGCUGCUGGACGGAGUGGCCUUCCCUGACCCACGGGACAGCUGCAAACGCUGCGUCUGCACUGGGGGGAAUGUGGUGUGUGCAGGUGUGUCUUGUCCACCUCUGGAUUGCUCUCUGGUAGAGACCGUUGGAGGAGUUUGCUGUCCACGAUGCAGAAGCUGUGUGUUGGAUGGUAUCCGGCAUGAGCAUGGUUCUCGAUGGAGUCAAGAUGACCCCUGUAGUGUGUGUACCUGUGUGGAGGGGCAAGUUCACUGUGAGAGGCAGGAGUGUAGCCCCCCCUGCCCCUACCCCUCCAGUCCCCGCCCCGGAACAUGCUGUCCUGUCUGCAAUGGUUGUGGUGUAAAUGGACUGGACUUCUUAAACGGUGACCGUGUGCCAAGUGGAGAUCGAUGUGAGGAGUGUGUUUGUGUGAACGGAGACCUGCACUGUAAGCUCCUCCCCUGCCCGGCCACACCCUGUCCUCGUCCAAUCAAGCGAGCCGGAGAGUGUUGCCCACGUUGUGAGCAGUGCGAGUAUGAAUCACAGGUGUAUGCUGAUGGCCAGACCUUUCCAUCCAGAACAGAUCCCUGUCUGAGCUGUCGCUGUUCGGCAGGAGAGGUGGUAUGUGAUCGUUUGGACUCUCAGUGUCCUGAUAUCCGCUGUACCCACCCAGUUAAACCUCAAGGCCACUGCUGUGCAUCCUGUGAGAUGUGUGAGUAUGAGAGGCGACAGUAUGUGGAUGGGAAGGUGUUUACUCCACCAGGAAGUGGUCCGUGUGUUCAAUGCACCUGCAAGAGAGGGAGUGUGAGAUGUCAUAAGCAGAGAUGUCCUCCUGUGUCUUGUGCAAAUCCCAUCAGAGACCCACAACUUUGCUGCCCUGUGUGCAAAGUGUGUUUGCUGGAUGGCGUGGAGCUGGAGGAGGGCUCUGAGUGGGAGACAGACUGUAACAGGUGUGUGUGUAAGGACGGAGAGGUGGUGUGUCGCUCCGCACACUGUCCCCCCAUCACCUGCCAGAACCCUACUAAAACGAACGGUGAUUGUUGUGCUUCGUGUGAUCGCUGCUCAUAUAACAACCGUAUCUAUGAGAACGGUCAAACAUUCACUGACCCCGAGAACCCCUGUCAAAGGUGCAUGUGCCAGGAUGGUACAAUGGAGUGUGCGGUGAUUGACUGUCCCCAGAUCACCUGUUCCAAGCCGUACAGGACCCCUGGACAGUGCUGCGCUCAAUGCCCAGACUGUGAUUAUGAGAAUCGUGUGUUUGUAAAUGGCGAGCAGUUCCCCAACCCGGUGCACCCGUGUGAGGACUGUGUGUGUUUGGACGGAGCGGUGGAGUGCAAGAACCACCAGUGCCCCACGCCCACCUGCCAUCACCCACUACCAGCCUCCUGCUGCCAGAACAACUGCAAUGGAUGUAGUUAUGCUGGUAAAGAAUAUCCCAAUGGUGCGGAGUUCCCUCAUCCAACAGACAAAUGCAGAAUAUGCCACUGUAUUAAUGGGAAUGUUCAGUGUCUCAUGAAGAGAUGUCCAGCUCUACAUUGCACUCUGCCUCACAGCGUACCAGGAGAGUGUUGUCCCCAAUGUCCAGCGCCCCCUGCAAACUGUUUGUACGUGGGUCAGACGUACAUGCACAGCCAGCGCUUCUAUCACCCCACUGACAGCUGUCAGUCAUGCUCCUGCACUAAUGGGACGGUGAGCUGUGUGCGUAAGCCCUGCCCCCCAGCCCUGUGUGUGCACCCCAUUCAGCAAGACUGCUGUCGCACGUGUGACGGCUGUCUGUAUGAUGGGAGAGAGCACCCGAAUGGGGGGGUGUUUGCGGACAUAUCCGACCCGUGUGGAGUGUGUGUGUGUCGGGAGGGAACGGUGGCCUGCGAGAGGAAACGCUGCCCUCGGGUCACCUGCCCGUUCCCCGUACAGAGAGAGUGCUGCCAGAGCUGUGACGGGUGUCUGUACGUUGGAGUGGAGUACCAGAGUGGCCAGGAGUUUGCAGACCCGGCCUCUCAGUGCAACGUGUGUGUGUGUGUGAACGGCAGAGUCACCUGUAACCCAAAGCCCUGCUACAACCCUGGCUGCACACACCCAGUAACACUGCCUGGACAAUGCUGUCCGGUGUGUGAUGGCUGCUCCUAUGACAACACAGUGAUGCUGGAUGGACAGGUGUUCCCAGAUGCAAGAGAUUCCUGCUCUGAAUGCACCUGUCGGGGAGGAUCAGUGCAGUGCUUGAGGAGGGUUUGUCCCACUGCUCCCUGCCCCCAUCCUGUUGGCGGCCCAUGUGACUGUCCUGUGUGUGAAGGUUGCGUGUUCCAAGGUGGGGAGUACGUGGAUGGUCAGAGCUUCUCUGCUCCCAAGGCUGACUGUGAUGUUUGCACAUGCUCAAAAGGCAGAGUGACCUGUGCUCCUCGAGUGUGUGCAAAGCUGUCGUGUUCUCACCCUGCGCUGGACGGCUGUCUGUGUGGAGUGUGCGAGGGCUGCCGGUUCCAUCAGCGUAACUGUGGCAACGGAGAACGCUUCCCGCAUCCCCAGGACCCCUGCCAACGCUGCACAUGCCUGAAUGGCGGUGUGACGUGUGUGUCACUCUCGUGUCCAGCAGUAGCGUGUUCUCGGCCAGUGACCCCACCUGGUGAGUGCUGUCCUGUGUGCACAGGUGUGUGUGAGCACCAGGGGAACGUGUAUGACAGUGGGAGCACCUUCAGAGACCCCAAUGACCGAUGCACCACCUGCAAAUGCCUAAAUGAAGUAGUGUCAUGCCAGAGGAAGCCCUGUGCCAAGCAGUGCACACACCCUGCAGAUACUCGAGACUGCUGUCCAGCGUGUGAGGCGUGUGUGUACGAGGGCCAGCAGUACACACACAAGGAAAGUUUCACGCCCCGGUCACUUCCGUGUGAGCGGUGUGUGUGUGUGAGUGGGAGUGUGACCUGCAAGCCUCGCUCUUGUCCUUUCCUCUCCUGCCUCAAUCCACACACACCACAUGGACAGUGCUGCCCUGUGUGCAAAGUGUGUUCUCAGAAUGGAGUGGAAUAUUCCGAGGGUCAGACAUGGAACCCUAGAAGUGAGCCAUGUCAGAAGUGCACGUGUGCUUUUGGUGAGGUAGUGUGUGUGGGUCCUCAGUGUCCUGCUUUGACCUGCACAAAUCAGCUAACGGAUCCAGAUUCCUGCUGUCCUCGCUGCAAAGGCUGUGUGUACAAUGGAGUGGAGCACGUGGAGGGCAGCGAGUGGUUUGACUCAGGGUCCCCCUGCAUGUCCUGCAUGUGUGUGGGAGGAGUGACCACUUGCUCAGAGCUACGCUGCAUCUCACCCUGCACACACACCAUCAAUGUACCGGGAGAGUGCUGUCCAGUCUGUGCAGAUUGUAUCCAUGACGGCAAAGUGUAUGGACCAGGAGACACCUUCCACCCUGCAGAUGAUCCUUGCCAGAUCUGUGUUUGUGAGGUAAUGCCAGAUGGGGAACAGCAUUUGCGUUGCAUCAGGAAACAGUGCCCCAGUCUGGUCGACUGUCCAAAGGAAAAUAUCCACCUUACCUCAGAUUCAUGCUGCCCUGUUUGUGCGCAGCCCCUAAGUAACUGCACCGCAACACUAAUCGGGAAUGAAGUUUUGGCUACAGACGAUCCCUGUUUCACAUGUCAAUGCAAGGACCUGACAUGGACCUGCAUCCACCAGACGUGUGUGCCCCUCACCUGUCCCUCCCAGGAGCAGUACAUCCCCCCAGACUCCUGCUGUGCCGUCUGCGAUGAUUGUCUGAUUGAAGGAGGAAAGGAGAGAGUUCCAAAUGGACACAGCUGGACAGACAGGACUAACGAGUGCAUAACCUGUACCUGUAAUCUGGGCUACAUCGAGUGUGAGAUAGAGGAGUGUGUCCAACCGGUGUGUGAUAGUGGUUGGGUGAGGGUCAAACCGCCUGGGAAGUGCUGCUACGAGUGCCAAGAUUCAGGAGCAUCGUGUGAGUACCAGGGCGAGGUAUAUGUGAGUAAUAAAAACUGGGAGGUUGAUGAGUGCACCAGCUGUAUGUGUGUGUCAGGAGACGUCCACUGCCAAACAGAGAGAUGCCCUCCAUCCAACUGUGCAGCUGAUGAGACCCCUGCUCUGAUCCCGGGGAUGUGUUGUCCACACUGCCUGCCCCGCCCGGCCACCUGCAUCGCCUUCGGGGACCCCCACUACCGCACCUUCGAUGGCAAGAUGGUGAACUUCCAGGGAGCCUGCACCUACGUGCUCACAGAGGACUGCCAUGGGGGAGACUUCAGUAUUCAUGUCACCAAUGAUGCACGUGGUCGAAAGGGUGUGACUUGGACCAAAGAGGUGACCCUGUUCAUCGCUGACAUCACCGUUAGCCUACUGCAGAACUGGGUUGUCAUGGUGGACUCUAAGGUGGUGUCUCUACCCUACCUGAGAGAGCCUUAUGUUUAUGUAGAGCGUAAAACCAACACCAUUCUCCUGAACACUAACAUCGGCCUGAAGGUGCAGUGGAAUGGCCGUUCCCACCUGGAGGUGAGCGUUCCAGGAACGUAUAAGAAACACACCUGUGGUCUGUGCGGGAACUUCAACAACUACCCGCAGGACGACCUCCGACUCCGCAACGGACAGCUCACCUCCUCAGAGGCUGCCUUCGGCAACAACUGGAGGGUGGACAGUCUGAACACCAGCUCAGCGUGUGUGUUAGAGGCCCAGGACGUGAACCCGUGCAAGUCUGCCGGUUAUUCUGCUCGCAAGUCUGCCAAUUCUCGCUGUGCCGUUCUGAAGGGCUCCAUGUUCGAGAAGUGCCAUAAGGUGGUUCCGCCGGAGAUGUUCUUCGCGGCGUGUGUGUACGACCUGUGCGCGUGCGGAGCCAACAGCGAGGAGUGUUUGUGUGACGCGCUCGAGGCCUACGCGUCAGAAUGCAGGGAGGCCGGCGUCAUACUGCAGUGGAGGUCGUCCUCACUCUGUGCGGUGGGCUGUCCAGUGGACCGUGGCUUCGUGUUUGACGAGUGUGGCCCCCCGUGUGCCGUGACGUGUGUGACGCGGGACGUGCCCCUGGGCGUGAUCGAGGCCCAGUGCUUCAAGCCGUGUGUGCCGGGCUGCCAGUGCCCUGCCGGCAGAGUUCUCCAUGACAACCACUGCAUCCGCCCCGACAAGUGCCCCAAUAUCAUACACAACACCAACUAAGACGCACACUCACGCACGCACACACCCACCCACGCAGACACACAUACAAACUCACGACAUGCCCAACGUUAUUUAACACAAACACAUACAUCACACAGAACACACGCGCACACACACACACACACACACACACACACACACACACGCACACACACACACACACACACACACACACACAGACAUUCACAAAGUCUACUGUCCAAACACACUCCCACAAAGAUACAGUUUAUCUGGGCAUUCACCUGUAUGACAUAUUCCACCAUUCCACCAUAUUACACAUACAGUACACCCACAGACGGGUGUACAGACACAAAGAUGUAGUGAAGUGACUGAUUUGAAAUGGUGCUCUGUUAUCCAGCCAAUAGACUGGUCUUCUGGAAAAUACAGUAAUGUGGUGUAACCUGUGAUGUGCACUAGAGACACAGAGACCUCUGUUGUCUGAUAUCUAAGAGAGUGAGCUAAGGCUUCUGGGAUGCUGGAGGACCAAAGACUAUUUAAAUUCACAACUCACUUGGCUAUAUUCAUGUAUAAUAUUAUUUUUAAAUCGAUUUAAAUGCCAGUUGUAUUUUGUAUUUUAUUUUCUAUUUUGUAUGUAUCAGUGCCUCAUGUCUAUUGUGUGUUAUACUGUAUGAUAUUGUAUGCCAUUUUGUGCGUGUGUCUUUUGUACUGUACGUAUUUUAUAGCGACAGCGCUAUAUCUUUGGGAACAGUGUAAAAGGUGCACCAGCAGAAUUACUGUAUUGUUACACAGAACUAUGUUUCCAAAUACACUGAAAC